ACGACCGUGAGACAGUUUCAUACUGUACUGUCUUUGACCGUGCUCUGCUACUGACUUCAGAAACUGAAUGAAGACGAAUGUUUAUGCAUUUGUAAAGCAAGUUAGAUUAGUCGUUUUUGGAUGUCAUACAGUUAAUAACUACAACAUUAUUUAUUUAAAUACACCGAUAUUGCUAGCUGAGCAAAGCAAGUAGCUAACGUUACCCAGGCUAGCCUCUCAGAGUUUGCUAGCUAGCUUCAGUUAGCUAUAAUUUUAGCCAGUGCUAACGUGGCACAAACUGUGCAAAGAUGGAGUUUGCUGCUCUUACUGCCUUGACCGUAUUAAUAGGAAUGCUGAUAAUUUUGGUCGCAAUCGCUGUGGGAAAGCAGAAAGGAGAAAUAAGUGAUCAACUAGAGCAGAAAGAAGAGGACUCAGUUGCAGCAGAGGAAAGUGCAGUGAAGGCUUCCACUGCCAAGAAACAGAAACAACAGCGUCCUCGCAAGGAGAAAGCCCAGCAGCAAACCUUCAGCCAUCCUCUCCUGGCUUCCUCCUUGAAGAGUCACAGUGGCAAUGUGACGUCCCUGGACUUCAGCAGCAACGGGAAGUACCUAGCUACUUGUGCUGACGACCGCACUGUCAGGAUAUGGAGCACCAAGGACUUCCUGGACAGAGACCAUAAAUGUCUGAGGGCCAACGUAGAGCUGGACCACGCCACGCUGGUCCGCUUCAGCCCGGACUCAAAGGCCUUCAUUACUUGGCUGGCUAACGGAGAUACUAUUCGCAUCUUCAAGAUGACCAAGAAGGAUGAUGGUAGCUUCACUUUCAAAGCUGCCCCUGAAGACUUCCCUCAGAAACACAAGACCAAUGUCAUCAACAUCGGCAUCGCAGAGACGGGCAAGUUCAUCAUGAGUGCCUCCACUGACACCAACAUCCUCAUCUGGGACCUGAAAGGAGAGGUACUGGCCUCUAUCAUCACCAACCAGAUGACCAACUCCUACGCUGCCAUCUCACCCUGUGGCAGGUUUGUUGCCUCCUGUGGCUUCACUCCUGAUGUGAAGGUGUGGGAGGUGUGCUUCGGGAAGGGUGGCGAGUUCAAAGAGGUGGCCCGCGCCUUCGACCUAAAGGGCCAUUCAGCUGGAGUCCACUCCUUUGCGUUCUCUAAUGACUCACGCAGAAUGGCCACUGUGUCCAAGGACGGCACAUGGCGACUGUGGGACACGGAUGUGGAGUACAAGAAGCAACAGGACCCCUACCUACUGAAGUCAGUGCCUUGCCAGUCGUCAGAGGGAAGCCGUGUGGCCCUGUCGCCGGACGCCCGGGUGGUGGCCAUCUCCAACAGCUGCAGCGUGGCCAUGUACAGCACCUCCACGGGUCAGCUGGAGGAGGAGUUCCACGGAGUCCACAGUGAGGAGAUCACUGAUCUGAGGUUUGACAUCAACAGUCGCUACCUGGUGUGCAGCGGGGACCGGGCGGUACGUGUGUUCCACAAUGCGCCGGGCUACCGCGCGGCCAUCCAGGACAUGCAGGCCAUGCUGAAGAAGGCCCAGAACGAGGGCAUGAAACAAAGGCUAAAACAGCAGAUACAGGAGGCGCAGAGCGCGCUGGACACUGUGCUCACAGCACCCAAGGAUUAAAGAACUAAAGCCCCCCCCCCCCCCCAGGCUGGCUGUGUAGAACACUAUUUCGAUCUCUCUCUUCCUCCCCUUCUCUCACACACUGCCUCCACAGAAUGGCAUGCAAUUCGACUCCUGUCAGGGAUGUGGCAUUUGCAUGCUGGUUUUAAUAAAUUAAUCAUAUGUUUCUAUAGAAAUAUGGCUCUGUUUUGUGAAUGCUCUGCCUUCCUCGAAGUCAGGAAUACUAUGUUCUCUGUCUUCUUGGACCAGUAAUCCUACUACUAUAGAAGAGCUUGCUUUGCUUUGGCAACACAAACAUUUGUUGUAUAAUAGGACCAGAGUUCAGCUGGGGUGCCUUGUGUUUCUACAGUUCCUCUGUAAAAACACAAGACAUACUAAACUAACAAUAAUUUCCAUGACAUCCUAUCCAGGUGAAUGCUAUGAUCCCAAUGAUAUCGCAUGUUAAAUC